AUUAAGGUAAACCACGGAUAAACCUAAUGUUAUGAACUUAUGGUGAAUUCGGGAUUUUAUCCAAAAAGGCAAAAACACGGAAUCUGAUUUUAAAUUAGAGAGGGCGGCCUUUUGGACUUGCCCAAAUUAGUCGCAUUAUUUUCAAAAGAUAUAAAUACACAUUUACGACCAUUUUAUUAGGCAUAGGCGCAGCCAUUGAAAUGCUGCAGGGGAUGAUGGUUGAGCAGGGUUUCUCAUAGUUAAUCUUCAAAUCAUCACAUCAAGACUUGAUUAAAUUGAACUUUGGAAGUCAAAAAUCAUCCCUUUUGAUUUUAUGCUUUCGACUCUUCUAGUUUUAUAGAAUUGAGGUUUAAGGAUGUUAAUGGAACUUAGGGUUUUAGUUAAUCAUGUGGAAGCCUGCGUUUCUUCUUCCUCAAAAUGCUAUGGUGCGUUCCAACAUUCUUUCUUAUAAUACGAUUACUGCUACUUAUCAUUCUCAAAUUCGUUUUUCUUCCCCACAAAUGAACUAUGAGCUAACAGGUUCGGUGCUUUCUUUUAAUCGAAUGAUUGAGACCAUACCUGUACCUCCUGUUCGUCAAUUCAAUCAUAUCUUGAUUAAAAUUGCUAAAAUGAAGCAAUACCCUACUGCCAUCUCUCUCAUUCUGGACCAUGACUUAUUAGGCUCCAACUCUUUUGUUAAACCUAAUUUAUAUACGUUUAGCAUUGCCAUAAACUGUUUUUGCCAUAUGGAUAGGGUUGAUUUCGGUUUCUCAGUGUAUGGAAAAGUGGUUAAGCUUGGUUACAAGCCCGAUUCUGCUAUCAUUAAUACUCUGAUAAGGGGGCUUUGUGAUUAUGGUAACAUUUGUGAGGCAGAAAAGCUUGCUCAUGGCAUUAUGAAUAAUGGAUUACAACCAACUGUUGUAACCAUUGGUACCAUAGUAAAUGGGUUUUGCAAAAGAGGCGACUCACAAGCUGCUCUUCUUUUUUUCCGAGAUGCUGAGAAAACUAUGGGCUGUCAACCAAGCACAACUGAGUAUAAUAUACUCAUCAAUGGUCUUUGCAAAGAUGGCCAUGUUACUCAAGCUUGUGAGAUUUAUAUAGAAAUGAUCAACAAAGGUAUUUUGCCAGAUGUUGUAACAUUCAAUACUUUGAUUCAAGGUGUUCGUAAUUCAGGUCAAUGGGAAGAUGCGGAUGUAUUAUUGAUUGAAAUGGAAACUCAAGGCAUUUCAUAUGAUGUAGUCACAUGUAGCAUUAUAGUUGAUUAUCUAUGUAAAAAAGGUGAGAUUGAAGGAGCACAUAAAAUGAUUAAAUCCAUGUUGGAAAGAGGAAUGAAGCCUGAUACUUAUACAUACACUUCACUAAUGCAUGGCUACUGUUUGCCUGGUAAAAGAAAUGAUGUUAGAAUGAUAUUCAAGAUUAUGAUUGCACAAGGGUGUGUGCCUAGUGCUUUCACCUUCACUACACUAAUUCAUGGAUAUUGUUUGCUUGGCAAAGUGGAUGUUGCUAGAAAGAUCUUUGAGUUUAUGAUUGGAGAAGGGUAUGCGCCAUGUGUAUAUGGCUAUAGUAUCUUGAUUGAAGGAUACUGCAAGAGCAAAAAGAAAGAAAAGAUAGAAAAAGCUUGGGAUCUCUUUAGUGAAAUGUAUGGAAAUGGAGUUGUUCCUAAUGUAGUCACCUGCACCUCUCUUAUAAAUGGUUUAUGUCAUGUGGGAAGACUCAAAGAGGCAUUUCAGCUUCUUAAAGAUAUUCCGAAUUGGGGUAUUUAUCCAAAUAUAUUUACUUACUCUACUUUGAUAGAUUCUUAUUUAAAAAAUGAGAAAAUGGAUGAGGCCCUUAAGUUAUUUAAAACUAUGGAAUGUAUUGGCAUUAAACCUGACAUUGUUGUUUGCACUAGCCUCAUUGAUGGUAUGUGUAGGGCUGGGAAAGUCGAUGGUGGCUAUCAGGUUUUUCUUAGACUUGCUGCAAGUGGUUUGCACCCUAAUUGUCAUACUUAUAAUGUCUUGAUGGGUGGAUUUUUUAAGACUGGUUAUCUUAAGGGCGUGAAUGAUCUGCUUAAAAAAAUGGAGGUUGAAGGUUGCAUGAUGGAUGGUGUUACUUAUAAUUUAGUUAUUCAGGGAUUUCUUCGAUAUCGCGAGACAAAAAGGGCGCUUUUAUGUCUUGAAAGCAUGCUUGAUGCUGGUUUCUCUGCAAAUUCAGGCACAUUAAAUGACCUAGUGAAGUUAUUGCACACAGAAGAGUUGGAUAAGGCAUCAAAACAAGUAAUUAAGAAGUCUUUCAGCUAAGCACACGAAAAGGUUAUAAGUUUUUGGUCAGAUUUGAAAUUCAAAUCCAUCCGAUCUGCCUUUUGUUGCAAAUGAGUAAGGAAUUGAAUUCUGUUAGAUUUCACAAACAAAGUUCUUUCAUUGAUGUCUUCUGACAUUCCAUCCUAAAGCCCAUGGGAAUCCUCCCUGUUAAAACUAUUUAAAUACCAUUUUAACCCUAGAUUGCCACAUGUAAACAUCUCUCACCUCUCCAUCUGCUUCUCCACUUCUUGCAUUCCUUUCUUGCAUAAUGGAGGUGUCUAAAAUAGUGGAAGGAAUUUGUAGUUGAUUUUGCAUGGAGCCACUUACAGGAAAUGAUUGAAAGCACAGUACAGAGUGUGUAAAGCUCAAUGCAGUUGAUGAUUCUGACUAAAACGAAAAGAUAUGUAGAGAGCCAAAUUUGGUGGAAAAGGAACCAACCAAAGAACCAAAUUGGAUCUGAUAAUCUGGUCUGAAUCUGCAUUUUUUUUUCAUCCAAAUUACAUCCAAGAGGCUAUUUUGCUAUGAAGUGAGGUGUGUGCAUACUUUGUCUUCUUCACCCACCACAAAGAUGUCAGUUUAUAGGCUUGUCCUGUAAGUUGUCUGGUAUAAUAAUAUGUAUGCUAUUACAAUGCGAACAUAAGCAUGAAGUUACAUACAAAAAGGGUUAAAUGCAAGAAAAAAACAA